CGGCUUAGCUUCUGUGUUGGCGUUUAAAUCAAUGACUAGAAGCAGAAAGAUGAUUCGUUAAGCUGGAAAACAAUAUACAACUUUUUCAUUGACUCAUUUCUUGUCUAAUUAAUUCUUAAUUGGUAGGAGUCUAUGCAUUUAUAAAAUGUACUGUAGAUUUUCAAAAAUAGAAAUAAAUGGUUUCCCCAAAGUCACUGCAUUAACUAGCUCAGGACUAGCUAAGGUAUAGAAUGUCCACCUAAGAAUUUUUCCUUAAUAACACUAUAGUCGCUUUGAAUCUUAUGUUGAGCCAAAAUAUAUUUUUGUCUUUAUUAAAAGUGACUUCCUUUUUGGCAUUGGGUUUCAAGGAAAGAAAUUAAUUCUUGGAAUGUCUUUCUUAUACCAGGGGAUAGUCUAUACCCUAGAAACACAAAUGCAGCUUCAAGAGUGUCCACUGUAGUUGUGCUUAUAAUCAUGAAAAACUGGAUCAACUGAAAUAUAUAUCAGAAGAAUGUAUAUGAAAAUUGUACCGUAGUUACACAAUUGGAACAUGAUUUAGCAGGUAAAGGGAAUAAAGUAGAGCUACAUGUAGGAUUAGACAGAUCUUACAUAGUAUUGAGCAAAAUAAUAUAAACUGGGCAACAGAGCAAAACAUAAGAGUAUGAUAACAAACAGAAAGUUGUAAGGCUGGUGAAAACGCUACACAUAGUUCAUGAACACAUGCAUCGAUAGCAACAGAAUAAAAACGGAUGAGAAGUUUGGGAGGAUUACUGCAAGGGGCGUCGGGUGGGGAGGGGAGCAUUGAGGUCAGGGAGGGCUGUCCUGGGGCUGUCACUGUAUGGUGUGUGAUUUAUUUCCUACAUGAACACUUGAAGCAAGUAGGCAAGAUGUCAGGUUGACUGGUUCUUGGGUACACAGGGGCUCAUGAUGUCACUCUCCCUAGUUAGUGUGUGUUUCAAAUAUUUCAUAGUAAAAGGAAAUGAUGGUGCCGCCAGUCAGAGUACAGGAGAUCCCAGAGAUUCAUUCAGGCAACGUUUUCACCAAGGACCUGCUGUGCCACUUGCUGGGGGCCAUACCCUCACUCAACUGAGCGUGUCCUCCGUCCUUAAGGCCACUUAAGGUCCAGGGCCACGCUGAAGGUCGUGGGGAAGGCUCCGUCGUCUCUCUGGAAGAUGGGAAACUCUUACGCCGGACAGCUGAGGACCAGGCGGUUCGAAGAGGUCCUGCACAAUUCCAUCGAGGCCUCGCUGCGGUCCAACAGCCUGGCGCCCAGGCCCAUCUUCUCCCAGCUGUACCUGGAGGCCGAGCAGCAGCUCUCCGCUCUAGAAGGUGGAAGCCGAGUGGACAAUGAGGAAGAGGAAGAAGAGGGGGAAGGCGGGCUGGAGCCGAGCUGUCCCCCAAACCCCUACCAGAUGCACCCUCCGCCCGAAGGAUGCUGCACCACGGACGAAUUAAUUUUAAAGUCACCCACGUCCAGAGGGUUCUGCCAGGCGGGGAAGGACCUGCGUCUUGUCUCUGUCUCCAGCGAGCCCAUCGACGUCCCCACAGGCUUUCUCCUCGUGGGGGCCAAGUCCCCGAGCCUGCCGGACCACCUCCUGGUGUGUGCCGUGGACAAGCGGUUCUUGCCGGAUGAUAAUGGGCACAACGCUCUUCUCGGUUUCUCUGGGAAUUGCGUUGGCUGUGGAAAGAAAGGCUUCUGCUACUUCACAGAAUUCUCCAGUCACAUAAAUCUUAAGUUGACCACUCAGCCCAAGAAGCAGAAACACUUGAAGUAUUACCUGGUCCGCAAUGCACAAGGGGCUCUAACCAAAGGACCCCUCAUUUGUUGGAGAGGCUCAGAGUCCCGAGGCCGGCCCAGCACCACCGGUACCGGCUCUGGUUCUCUCUUCCCGCCGCUGGACAGCUCUGGGCCGCAGGCUGCCUCCUCCAGCGAGCCCACUCCUGGAACUAGCCCGGGCGUCCCCAUGGGAGUGCAGCACGCAGGACCAGUCUCUGACCACCCCUCACAGACUGCAGCAACGGGUCCGGCUGUUUUUAACGGCAAAGAUUCUCCGAAGACCCAGCAGCUGGUGAAGAACAAGCUGCCGGCCAUGCCACGGCCCUCGGCGCUAGGUGUCGUGUCAAACUCCGGGCCCCCCAAAAAGCGCCACAAAGGGUGGUCUCCAGAAUCUCCAUCAGCUACAGAUGGUGGCUACUCCCAAGGAGGCGGGAACAGAGCUAAGUAUGAGAGCACGGGAACGUCCUGCAUGCCCCAGGUUGGCUUGGCGGGACCAGCUUCGGUCACCUUUCCCGUCGUGGCCUCUGGAGAACCAGUGUCCGUCCCCGACAACUUGAUGAAAAUAUGCAAGGCCAAGCCGGUGAUAUUUAAAGGCCACGGGAACUUCCCCUACCUCUGCGGGAACCUGAACGACGUGGUCGUGAGCCCGCUGCUGUACACGUGCUACCAGAACUCCCAGUCCGUCUCGCGCGCCUACGAACAGCACGGGGCCUGCGCCGCGCAGCCCAUCUCACAGGAGAUGCAGCUCCUGCUCACCGUCUACUAUCUCGUCCAGCUGGCGGCCGACCAGGUGCCUCUGAUGGAGGACCUGGAGCAGAUCUUCCUGCGCUCCUGGCGUGAGUCACACCUGACGGAGACCCGGCAGCCCCAGCAGGCGCCGCCGCAGCCCUUCCCGCCGGCGCCCGGUGCGGUGGCGCAGGUGACCUCGGCGCAGCUCCCCUGGCUGGCCGGCCUGGCCGCCAGCUCCUGCAACGACAGUGUGCACAUCAUCGAGUGCACCCACUCUCUGGCCGAGGGCCUCUCCGAGAUGUUCCGGCUGCUCGUCGAGGGCAAGCUGGCCAAGACCAACUACGUGGUGAUCAUCUGCGCCUGCCGGAGCCCCGCCAUCGACUCCUGCAUCGCCGUCACCGGAAAAUACCAAGCCCGGAUCCUUUCCGAGAGCCUCCUCACCCCAGCGGAGUACCAGAAAGAAGUCAAUUAUGCCCUGCUUACGGGGAAGGUGGACUCCUUGGGGGCCUUCUUUAGCUCCCUCUGUCCAGAGGGCGACAUUGAUGUUUUGCUGGACAAAUUUCAUCAGGAAAAUCAAGGCCAUAUUUCAUCCUCACUUACUGCCUCCUCUGUCACCAAAUCAGCGUCCCUGGAUGUCGGUGGGGCCCCGACGUGCACAAGUUAUGGGCUGGAGCCCCACCAUGUCCGGCCCUUCCAGCUGGCCGUGGCACAGAAGCUCCUCUCCCACGUGUGUUCGAUUGCGGAUUCCAGCACCCAAAACCUGGACUUAGGAUCCUUCGAGAAGGUGGACUUUCUGAUUUGUAUCCCGCCCUCAGAAGUGACCUACCAGCAGACCCUGUUCCACGUCUGGCAUUCAGGGGUUUUACUGGAGCUCGGCUUAGAAAAGGAGCACGUGACCAAGCAGAGAGUGGAACAGUACGUUCUGAAGCUAGAUGCCGAGGCGCAGACCAAAUUUAAGUCCUUUCUGCAAAACUCCUUUCAGAAUCCGCAUACGCUCUUUGUCCUCAUCCAUGACCAUGCCCACUGGGAUCUCGUGAGUGGUGCUGUUCAUAAUCUCUGCUCCCAAAGCGACCUGUCUGUGGGACUGGUGGACAGACUGCUCAACUGCCGGGAGGUGAAGGAGGCCCCCAACAUCGUGACCCUGCACGUGACUUCCUUCCCCUAUGCACUGCAGACACAGCACACCCUCAUCAGCCCUUACAACGAGAUCCAUUGGCCUGCCUCCUACAGCAGCGGAGUGGACUUAUAUCCUGAGAACAAGAAGUACUUUGGGUUGUCGGAGUUCAUCGAGUCCACCCUUUCAGGACACAGCCUCCCGUUGCUAAGAUAUGACAGCUCCUUUGAGGCCAUGGUCACCGCGUUGGGAAAAAGGUUCCCCCGCCUGCACAGCGCGGUCAUCAGGACCUUUGUUCUCGUGCAGCACUACGCGGCCGCCAUGAUGGCCGUGAGCGGCCUGUCGCAGAUGAAGAGCUACACGUCGGUGGAGACGCUGGAGAUCACCCAGAACCUCAUCAACUCCCCGAAGCAGUGCCCCUGCGGCCACGGGCUCAUGGUGCUGCUGCGGGUGCCCUGCUCGCCACUGGCGGCCGUGGCCUACGAGCGGCUGGCCCACGUGCGGGCGCGCCUGGCGCUGGACCGGCACUUCGAGAUCAUCCUAGGCGACCCCAGCUCCAGCAUCACUGUGGGGAAGCACUUCGUGAAGCAGCUCAAGAUGUGGCAGAAAAUCGAGGAAGCGGAGUGGAGACCUCAGACGUACUUGGAGUUGGAGGGCCUGCCUUGCAUCCUCAUCUUCAGUGGGAUGGACCCGCACGGGGAGUCCCUGCCAAGGUCUCUGAGGUACUGUGACCUGCGGCUGAUCAACUCUUCCUGCUUGGUGAGAACGGCAUUGGAGCAGGAGCUGGGCCUGGCUGCUUACUUUGUGAGCACGGAGGCUCCCCUGGAGAAGGGGGUCCCCAACGAGGCCUUGGAGAGCGACGCAGAGAAGCUGAGCAGCACAGACAAUGAAGAUGAGGAGCUGGCGACAGAAGGCUCCACGUCGGAGAAGAGAUCCCGCUCCCACGACUCCGCGUGCUCACCUCCGUCCUCGAAGGCGUCCAGUAAGUCUGCAGGCUCGGCACUCUGCGGUGAGUCCUCGGCUCAGCCUGGGGGGCCCUCGCAGAGGGAGCAGGCCAGAUCCCCGCAGCCCUGCAGUCCUUCAGAUGAGAGCAGAGUCCCUGGUGACAAACAGAGGCUCCGAGCCAGCCAGAGGCCACCGGUCAUCAGCAGGCACAGCCCCGGGCUGGCCCCACAGCCUGACUAUGGCCUCAAGACCAGCCAGAGGAGCGUCCAGGUGCCGGUCACCUCGUCGUCCUCCCAGCUGUCCUCCUCGGGCUCAUCUUCCUCGUCCACGGUGCCCUCUGCCAGCACCGUCAUCCUGCAGGCCUCCCAUUGCUCCAUGACCAGGGCCUGCCAGCAGCCACCCAUCGUCUUCCUGCCCAAGCUGGUAUAUGACAUGGUCACGUCCACUGACAGCAGCGGCUUGCCCAAGGCCGCCUCGCUCCUGCCCUCCCACUCGGUCAUGUGGGCCAGCUCCUUCCGCCCCCUGCUCAGCAAAACGAUGACCUCCACAGAGCAGUCCCUGUACUACCGGCAGUGGACAGUGCCCCGGCCCAGCCACAUGGAUUAUGGCGACCGCGCCGAGGGCCGAGGGGACAGCUUCCACCCACGCAGGCUGCUGCUCAGUGGCCCGCCUCAGAUUGGGAAGACAGGUGCCUACCUGCAGUUCCUCAGCAUUCUGUCUAGAAUGCUCAUUCGGCUAACAGAAGUGGAUGUUUACGAUGAAGAAGAGAUCAAUAUCGACCUCGAAGAAGAAUCGGAUUGGCAGUACCUGCACCACGGCGACCCCUGGCCCGACCUGGAGCUCUUCAGGAAGCUGCCUUUUGACUACCUGAUUCACGACCCGAAGUACGAGGAUGCCAGCCUGAUCUGUUCGCACCAUCAGGGCGUAAAGAGACAAGACAGAGCGAACCCCCGGAAGCCAGAGGAGCUCUACGUGCGGCGCCAGACCUCACGGAUGCGGCUGUCCAAGUACGCGGCGUAUAACACGUACCACCACUGCGAGCAAUGUCACCAGUACAUGGGCUUCCACCCCCGCUACCAGCUCUAUGAGUCCACCCUGCACGCCUUUGCCUUCUCUUACUCCAUGCUAGGAGAGGAGAUCCAGCUCCAUUUCAUCAUCCCCAAGUCCAAGGAGCACCACUUUGUCUUCAGCCAACCUGGAGGCCAGCUGGAGAGCAUGCGGCUGCCCCUCGUCACAGACAAGAGUCACGAAUACAUAAAAAGUCCGACCUUCACCCCAACAACUGGCCGACACGAACACGGACUCUUCAACCUGUACCACGCAAUGGACGGUGCCAGCCACUUGCACGUGCUGGUCGUCAAGGAGUAUGAGAUGGCCAUUUACAAGAAAUACUGGCCCAACCACAUCAUGCUGGUGCUCCCAAGCAUCUUCAACAGCGCCGGAGUGGGCGCCGCUCACUUCCUGAUCAAGGAGCUGUCCUCCCACAACCUGGAGCUGGAGCGGAGCCGGCAGGAGGAGCUCGGCAUCAAGCCGCAGGACAUCUGGCCUUUCAUCGUGAUCUCUGACGACUCCUGCGUGAUGUGGAACGUGGUGGACGUCGACUGUGGCGGGGACAGGAGCAGAGACGUCACUCUCCCCACUUUGAGCAGAGAAUUUUCCUGGUCAGAAAGGAACGUCUCUUUGAAGUACAUCAUGCAGCACAUCGAGGCAUCCCCGAACAUCACCCACUACGCCCUGAUCGGCAUGCGGAAGUGGUCCAGCAAGACGGGGAGCCGCGAGGUGCGCAAGCCCUUCUCCCGCUGCCACGUGCAUGACUUCAUCAUCCUGAACGUGGACCUGACCCAGAACGUGCAGUACAACCAGAACCGGUUCCUGUGUGAUGAUGUGGAUUUCAACCUGCGGGUGCACAGCGCCGGCCUCCUGCUCUGCCGGUUCAACCGCUUCAGUGUGAUGAAGAAGCAGAUGGCGGUGGGCGGGCACCGGUCCUUGCACAUCACGUCCAAGGUGUCUGACCACCCCGUGGCUGUCGUGCCGGCCCAGUACAUCUGCGCCCCGGACAGCAAGCACCCGUUCCUCGCGGCCCCGGCCCAGCUCCUGCUGGAGAAGUUCCUGCAGCAACACAGCCACCGCUUCUUCCCGCUCUCCCUGAGGAAUCACGGCCACCCCGUGCUGCUGGUCGACUGCUACCUUAACCUGGGCUCUCAGAUUUCCGUGUGUUACGUGAGCUCCAGGCCCCACUCCUUAAACAUCAGCUGCUCCGACUUCAUGUUUAGCGGACUCCUGCUCUACCUCUGUGACUCUUUCGUGGGAGCCAGCUUUUUGAAAAAGUUCCAUUUUCUGAAAGGUGCAACCUUGUGCGUGAUCUGUCAGGACCGGAACUCACUCCGCCAGACGGUGGUCCGCCUGGAGCUGGAAGACGAGUGGCAGUUCCGCCUGCGUGACGAAUUCCAGACCGCCAACGCCAAGGAGGAUCUGACCGGACGACACAUCUGAGGGAGAUGCCGUCUGGCUUUCGGGACGAGUGGAGCCUUCAGAACCUCAUGCUGUUGAGGCUAAAAAAAGAAUUAGAACCAUAGGGUGCUGGAUCUGAAAUGGGCCCCAGAGACCGUCUGCAUACAAGGGCAAAAGUGGUGCAUGCCGGGGCGCCCGGGCCCGAGGCAGGCGGAGACUUCCUGAGAGUGACAAGGUUGAGCGGGUGGCAAGCAGGAACUCAAGCCCAGACCUCCCGAGUUCCGGGCCAGCCCUCAUUGCCCUGGGCCACGUCCAAGUCCAUUUUAUGAAGAACAAGGUUUUGCCUUCUGUCAUGUCAUCCAUAUGCUUCCAUGGACAAACUUGACUUUUUUCUUAGUUCUAAAGAAUCACUCUUGGCUUUUCCUGUAGAGGUAGCAGUAUGUCGGGCAUGGAUAUGAUUCGAGCUAUGUAGGUUCCCCUAUCACCUUCUGCAAAGCAAUACUCCGAAAGUAGAUUUCCACCGUGAAGGCUGGAGACAAGAAAAAAAACACUAAGUGGGUCCUUGAAUAAGAAUUCUGUAACUGCCUACACGUUUGCUUUUUAAAAAGCUGGCCCAAAGGUAUCAACUUUCAUAAAGCAAAACAAAUUAUUUUACUUCAGAGCAAACACAAUUCUAUUAAAAUAGUAUAGGGUAAAUACCCUACCUCUUAGAAAGGGCAAAAGUGAAAAAAAAAACUUUCUUUAAACUAAAAAGGUUUCAGGAAGGAAACUCAGAAUACAGAGAUUGACUUUAAGAACCAUUUGCCUUCAAAGGAAGGAGGAACAAAUGGCUUACUUGAAACAAUAAAAACAACCAAAGUGAUAUAUAAUAUAGUUGGUAAGAACUAGACUUCGGACUCAUGUAUCGAAGCUCAGUUUUCAGUCCCUCAAAUAGCUUGUCUUCUCUUACGAAUGCUUGGGCCCUGCCCAGAGGAAGGGGGAUAGACAAGAGAAGACAGCAGGGAUGUUUCAUGAUGCUCACACUAUCACUUGCCUGCCAGAAUGGUUUUUAAACCAGCGUUUUAGAGCGCCACCUACAGGCCAGGCACUGGGACAGGUGCAUUCACAGUUAAUGAUCUUGUUUAAUCCUUCCAACAGCCAGUGCGGGUGGAUUUAUUCUCCCAUUUGAAAGAUGAGGAGGUUGAGUCAGAGCGUGCACCUCACCACGAUGACACAGCUGGAAAGGAGCAGAAGCACAAGUUCAACUGCUGGAUUUUGGACUCCAGAGUCCAUCUUCCCCUGACAGCACACUGCUUUUGGAGUGUCCGGUAAAUGAAGGAGUAGUUUAACGAUGCUCAAAAAUGAAUCGUCAGAAUGCAUUCUUAUCCAUCCAUCUUAGACAUUUGUAAGCACUAUCAUGGAUAACAAUCCAAGAAGAAAUUAUUUUAAAAGAUGAUGCCAAAGAGUUAAUGCCAAUCUUCUCCCCUAAGGAAAAAAAAAAUCCAUGAAUAUGAAAGAUUUAGACCAAUGUUUAUAAAGUAAUCACUUUGUAUAUGUCAUUAUUCCUAUUUUGGAGUAAAAACUUACCUUCUUUAGUUAUAUUUGUCUUUUUGUAAAUAGGUGGCUUCUGUGCUGUUUCCCCAUUUUAUUAGUUAAUUUAAACUUGAAAAGAAACCAAACUAAUAUUCUUGUUUGUUCCAGCCUUAUAAAUAAAACUUAAAAUGCA